AUGCCAUUCCCGGACCUGCUCCGAGUCGGUUUCGACGCGCACGGCUCGGACAACGGGCCGGGGGGCAGCGGAGCCGGCGGCGGGGGCGGCGGGGGCGGCGGCAGCGGCGGGGGCUCGGACAGCUCGGGAGUAGUGGUCGCCGGGGUCCCCGCCACAGCCGGGGGGGCUGCCGUGGUCGGCGCGGGAGGCGGCGAGGGCAACCGCAGCUUCCCGGGGGGGCCGGGGGUCGCGUGCCCCGCGGGCAGCCCCGGCGGCGGGGCCGAGGUGAACGACACAGCUGCCGUGGGGGGCGUGGUGGUGAGCGCCCAGGCGCUGGGCGUCGGGGUCUUCCUGGCCGCCUUCAUCCUCGCGGCCAUCGCCGGCAACCUGCUGGUCAUCCUCUCGGUAGCGUGCAACCGCCACCUGCAGACCGUCACCAACUACUUCAUCGUCAACCUGGCGGUGGCCGACCUGCUGCUCAGCGCCACGGUGCUGCCCUUCUCGGCCACCAUGGAGGUCCUGGGCUUCUGGGCCUUCGGCCGGGCCUUCUGCGACGUGUGGGCCGCCGUGGACGUGCUCUGCUGCACCGCCUCCAUCCUCAGCCUCUGCACCAUCUCCGUGGACCGCUACGUCGGGGUCAGACACUCGCUCAAGUACCCGGCCAUCAUGACUGAGCGCAAGGCGGCCGCCAUCCUGGCCCUGCUCUGGGCCGUGGCCCUCGUGGUGUCCGUGGGGCCCCUGCUGGGCUGGAAGGAGCCCGUGCCCCCCGACGACCGCUUCUGCGGCAUCACGGAGGAGGCGGGCUACGCCGUCUUCUCCUCCGUGUGCUCCUUCUACCUGCCCAUGGCCGUCAUCCUGGUCAUGUACUUCCGGGUGUACGUGGUGGCCCGCAGGACCACCAGGAGCCUGGAGGCCGGGGUCAAGAGGGAGCGCAGCAAGUCCACGGACAUCGUGCUGCGCAUCCACUGCCGCAACUCCGGGCCCGACGACUCCCGGGCCGCCAAGGGCCACAACUUCCGCAGCUCCCUGUCCGUGCGCCUGCUCAAGUUCUCCCGGGAGAAGAAGGCCGCCAAGACCUUGGCCAUCGUGGUGGGCGUCUUCGUCCUCUGCUGGUUCCCUUUCUUCUUCGUCCUGCCUCUGGGCUCCCUCUUCCCCCAGCUGAAGCCGUCCGAGGGCGUCUUCAAGGUGAUCUUCUGGCUGGGCUAUUUCAACAGCUGCGUGAACCCCAUCAUCUACCCCUGCUCCAGCAAGGAGUUCAAGCGCGCCUUCCUCCGCCUGCUGCGCUGCCAGUGUCGCCGCCGGCGCCGCCGGCCCCUCUGGCGCGUCUACGGCCACCACUGGCGGGCGUCGGGGUCCGGGCCGGGCCCUGGGGGCUCCCGGCGGGACUGCGCGGCCCUCGCGGCGGCCCCGCUGACGCCGCCAGCCCGGCCCGCCUCCCUGCUGCCCGGGGGCCCUCCCGACGGCGCGGCGGGGCCCCGGCUCAAGGCCACGGCCGCCUUCCGCGAGUGGAAGCUCUUGGGGCCCUUCAAGAAGCCCACGACGCAGCUGCGGGCCAAGGUCACCAGCCUGUCGCACAAGCUCCGCGCCGCCGGGGCCUCCGGGGGCUCCCCGGGCGGGGGGCCCGGGGGCACCCCCUCCCGCAGCGAGGUGGAGUCCAUCUGCCUCGGGGUGCCCCAGGAUGGAGUGGAGGCGGCCGCCUUCCACGCCUACGACUUGGACGACUACUGUGGCCUCCGGGAAACGGAUAUUUAAAGGAGCCGCCCUCCCCACGGUCAGCGGGCCCUGGCCGCGGGGUCCUCCAGAUGAGACCGUGCGGGAGGGUGCAGGUGGAUGGAAACCCGGCCCGAGGCAGAAAGGGGCUGCCCCCCCCUCUGUCCCGCGCAUACACUGACCACCCCAGGGCCUCUCUGGCUUUGGUUCUAUGGCAGCUUGGGGGAGGGGCUCCCAUGGGGGGCCCAGGCUUCAGUCAGACGGCUUCGGAACUGAGUCCCCAUCUUCCUUCCUCCGGGUUUGGGGCCUUCCAUCCCCCCCAAGGACAGCCCAGACACUUGGAUCAGUGCAGCUGGUUGGAGAGCACCAACUCGAGGUGCUUGCCUGGGGCCCGGGGCCCUGCUCCCCCAGGCCCAUCCCCACGAGGGUCCUCGGGCCCUUGGUCACCACCAGACAUGGAGCCAGUCUCUCACUCAUUCUAGUGGAGGCCCCCAGUCUGACUUUUCCCUUACAAACCCAUCGGGAAAGCUUCCAGGCCCAAAGCUGGACCCCAGAUUUAAGGGAAGCCGCCUGCGACCCCUUUCGAACAUUCCCACCCCUUCCUCUGCCCAAGCUCUCGUGUUGCCCCUGGACGGGGAUCUCCACUUCUGUCCACAGGGGGUCAGAGGUCCCUUCCCGCACUAAGAGUCUCUGAGUCUAGGAGAGAGGCAGUGUGGGGCAGUGGCUAGAGGGCCAGCCUUGGAGCUAGGAAGCCCUGGAUUCAAGACCUACCUCUGACACAUAGCGGGCAAGUCGCUUAACCUCUUGGUGGCAACUUACUCAUGGAAGACUCGGGUUGCCGAUGAAUUCCUUAGGAGUGCUGGGAGUUUCCUACUCAAUGGACUCACAGGUCCAGAACAGACCCCCUCUCCCUCCUCCCCCCGGCAAAACAAUGGAACUCCUCUAACCCCUUUCCCGGGUGUUGUCCCUGGACACUCACCCCUAGGUGCUCAUUGAUCUCCUGGAGAGGGCCUGGCCGGUUCGGGGAGGGAAAGGUCCUCCUGCUUCUUCUCUUGGCCGGCCUCAGAUCGCUGAAGCUGAGGCCGAAGGCCGUAAAUUGCAGCCCUGCCCCCUCCUCCCACUAUUCGGUGUUUUGCCCAUCAACUUCCCCCUUUUCCAACGAUCGGAGGCCGUGGUGAGCCUCCACCGCUUCUGACCUCCAGCUUUGCUGCCUUGCAGACGUCCCUCUUCCCCGUCUCUUCCUUCUGCCUCCCACGGACUCUCCAUUGCUUCCCCAGAGGGAAGGAGAUGUAGGAGUUUUCCAUCCCAAGUGCCCACCUCCCCAGCCAGGCCCCCGCCCCUGAGCAGCACCCCCACCUGGACACACCGUCCAUCCUGACUGGCCUCUGCCCCAAGGUUGCUCCCCACUGGAGCCAAACCACGCCGUCUUUACUGUUUACACUGUACAUAGCUCCGUGUGCAUGUUCUAAUGCUUCCCGCCGUGUUCGGGAGCAUCAAUGGAGCGGUUUUGCUUUUCCUUUUUUGAGAUGUAUUUAUUGGUCAGAAUAUUUCUAUUUUGUGACUCGCUCUGUGCCCCUGCAAGCCCCUGCUCCCUUAAAAAAAUUAGCUUUGCUUUCUCUAAAGUCCAGCAAGUACUUGGUGGCCAGAGGUGAUCGAUCGGCUGUGUGCAGAUUGAUUUUAAUGCUGAUGUUUCUGGUUUAUGCCAAAGGAGGGGAAAAGAGAUUCUGGUGGUGGAUUUAACGGAUCGCUGCCGUCCUUAGCGGGUCAGAAAGGUCUAUGAGAAAAGCAGCGUGGUGGAAAGGCUGGGGGGCCGGGCUGGGAAGCAGAAGUGCUAGGUUCAAAGCCUACCUCUGAUAUUAUACUGGCAUUAAACAUUUUUAAAACAAAAACCGUCAAUUCUCCUCGGGGACAUAAGCACAAUUUUUCACCAGAAAGAGUGCCAAGAGUCCCAAAUGAAGAGACAGCCAUCAGUUAAAAAGAACAAAAUAUUAAAUUGUGAACCGAAGCAGGAAAACAGGUUAACGGACCCAAGAUCCUCAAACCAGGCUGCGAUCUUUGGGUACGGUAUCAUGCUUUUCAUUUCCUGUAUUCUCACCGAACUAAUGAGCUUUUAUCUUUAUGCUGCUGUUGUCAGCCCAGGAGAAAUCAUCCUGGUCCCAGAGGCCUUUGGGUUUCUGUUCACAGAUUGGUAAGGAGGCCACCUUCUUAAGAAACUCAAAGAGAUAAGGGGGAAAAAAGAAAAAAAAGAUAAUUUAAGGAUGUAAAACCCAGACAGAAUGGCCCAAAAUUACCAUAAAGGAAGGUUAAUGGUAUACUAGGGGAGAACAGCAGCUUAAAAAUCACUGUAAUUUCAGCCCUAUCAAACUUCUCCCAUCCAAGAUGAAAAAGGUCCUGUAAUUUCAGGCCUAUAAUGUCUAAGGAGGAAAACGCUGGCUUACCAUAAUUUCCAGCCUAUUGCAUGCAUGGAAAACUCGCAUUUGGCUUGAGAGAGGUUGUUAUUUUCUGAUCCUCUCUACCCCACUCCUGUUAAGAUUGAAAUACUGUUAUCCUGGGCCUGUAUUGCACCCACUAUAGUCAAAGGGAGAAAUACAAGGUUACCAUCAUUUCCAAUCCAUUCCAACCUGAGGGCAAGUAGAGAGCUUCAAAGAUAGAUGGAAUAGCAGUUUCCAAUCUCUCGUACAGGGCGGAAAGGUCACCUUGUUUGCAGGCAAAUGGCCUCCUCCGUGUUGGGAAGUCCUCAGAGGGUGAAAAAGUAAAGGAAAAACCAGUGUGGUGUUUUUUAUUUGUGAGGCUCCUGCAAGGGUUUGAAGGAAGGAGUCUGGAUCCUCCAAGGAAAGCAAGUUCUGGGUGGGAUAGGGUUUCAUGUGUUCUACAGAACCUAGCCAGGCUCUUAGGAUUGUGGGUAAUAAACCAAAAUUUCCUGAAAUGAAACCCCACUAAAGGCAAGGAACUAGGAUUAUUUUUCUGAAAAAGAGAAAACUAAGAAAAUGUCACAGAAUUUGGAUUCAUGAUGUUACGAGCAAAGUCUGAAUAUGGAGCACGUUGAAGGAAGACAGAUGUAGGUGAGAUUUUAAGAUGUCGGACCUUAGGAUGAACGGGGUGGGCAUAGGGAGAUCUGAAAUAGGGGAGGGAGGAUCCAUUGCCCGCCCUGGGAGAAAGAGGAGUAUAAGAGCCCCAGACCCAUGACACCUUCCAGCAACUAGGUCUCACUUACUGCUGUCCAUUAAUACAUUGUGAAGUGAAUUGUCUGUCUCUCCACCCCCUCCCGUGUCAGACCCCUCUCCCAGGUGCCUAGUGCCAUCGUGGGCACUGCCAGUCCGAGGCAGAGUCAGCUCUCCCUACCCCACCCUGCUUUAUUUGGCCAGGGAGGACGAGAGCUCUCCUCAGAGCUGAGGGACUGAGCAUAUCAGGGAGUCUGGAAGGGGUAAUUUCCUGGAGGCUGGCCUCCCUCCCACUGCCAGCCCCUAGCCACCACUCAGUGCCAUCUCUGUCAGAAUCUGUGCCCCAAGGGGCUUCUGUGGAAACUUGUUCUGAUGAUCAAUAAAACACCAUGCUUAGUAA